ACCACUACCCUGAACACACGCACACUCGUGCACGCGCGUGAACAUCACCGCACGCAAACACAGGAAAACCGGGAACUUAGCACAUAGUCUGCGGCGGCGGCGGACCCCUUUCUCCCAAGCCGAGGUUGAACUCUCCCUCGACACUCCUUGUGGAGAAGAGGGCGCGAGCGCGCAUCGGCCACUUUUUCUUGUGUUGAACAGCCAUGCGCGGAUCCUUAGUUAGUAGCUCAGAGAAUAAGAGCAGCGGCGGAAGCGGCAGCAACCCGGUUGCAGCGAAGGAGCCCCGGGCAAAGAAGAAGGGCGGAAAGCGAGGGGCCCCCCAGACCUUUGCAAGCAAGCUCUUCAACGUGCUCCAGGCGGCGGAGGGCAAGAAGGGGUCGCCGGUCAGCUGGUGUCUCGAAGGAAACUCGUUCACCGUGCACAACGACAAGGACUUCGAGACGCAGGUCCUGACGGCCAACUACCGGCAUGGCAAGUUCUCGAGUUUCCAGAGGCAGCUCAACAUGUACGGCUUCCGGAAGGUGGCGGACUGCUCCGACCGCACGUACUCCCACCCUUUCUUCCGCCGCGACCAGUCCGACCUCCUCGCCCAGGUGCGUCGCGUGGUGAACGACACCGUCGGCGCCGCCAACGCCAACGCCAACGCCACCUUCAGCCCCAGCGGAAACCCGGUCGUCAAGCGGCCUACGCACGCGCUUGCACCCUCCAUUCGCCGCCCGAAGCAGCAGCAGGCCGGGGGCCGGAAAGGUGAGUCAGCCGACAACGGCGAGAGCGGCAGCGGCGGUGGCUCCCGCCGGCCGGCUACCCGCAAGAAGGCCCGGCGCUGCCGUGACGUCAGGCCAUCCUCGUCUGCGGUGAGCACCGCGACGACGUCUGCUAGCGGCGGCGGCGUUCGGCGCAAGCUGAAGAGCGGUGGUGGCGAGGCCGUCGGAAGUGCGAGUCCGAGAGGGGACGGAGGCAGCAGCAGUAUGGUCUUCCCGGCCCUGUCGCAGCAGCAGCAGCAGCAGCAGCAGCAGCAGCAGCAGCAGCCGGGUCGCGCAGCCGCAGCAGCAAUCGCCAGCACUACCCCCGCGGCACAGCAGACACGUCACGCACCCCGCCCCUGGCCCCAGCAGCAUCACCACCAGCAUCACCACCAGCAGCAGCAGCGCUUCAACGAGGAACAGCUGCAACACCAGCAGCGGCCGCUCUCUGCGCAAGAGAUUGCGGCCGGGCAGCGCAACCCCUCCCUGCAGGAGUUCUCAUCCGUGUGGAGCCGGCACACGGGGCGCUGGGACGUUCCGGCCCUGAACGGCAGCGGCCUCGGUGACGACGGCGGCACGUGGACUACGGCUUCCUCUUCCGCGGCCUCGUCGGUGGAAGAGGCGGUGUCCCCGGUCCUGCUGCCCACCACCCCGGCCAGCCUCGACUGCUGCAAGAGCUUCGUCCCGCCGUUCCGGCUCCAACAGGACGUGUCUUCGAGCCUGGCGGACAUGUGCCGCCGCAACGGCUAUGGCGGACACCCCGCCAGCAGCAGCGGCGCGCCUACCAACACGUUCGGGCCGAGCAACCCCGUGCUCGUUAGCCCCGCCCCGGUGAUGUUUGGCGGCGGCGGUGGUGGCCGUCGUGAUGCCGAGGUCGAUGUGCUGGACGGCCGGAGAGGAGACCCCAUGCCUCCGUCCACGGCGGCGACGUUUGGUUCCUCGUCGCCGGCUACGAUGUACCACUCGGAGGCGAAGGGCCCCGUUGGACAGGACGCGCCGGGAGGAGGGCUCUAUGUCAUGGGCGGCGGAACAGGGUGGCGUGGCGGCGGCGGCGGCGGCGGCGGCGGCGGCGGCGGCGGCGGCAGGAGAGGUGACGUGGGCGGGAUUCUCCCUGGCGACAAGGCCGACCACGGCCCGACGCCCACUAGGUGUCCGUCUUUCGACAAGAUCUUUGGGGGCCAGGAGCCGCACUCUUCAUCGCACGGCAACCAACCCGGCAUGACGCAGCUGGACAACCCUCACACCGCUGAGCCUGGCGCCGCCAUCGACACCGGCAAUGCUGUCGUGCCGAUUUACCCGACAGCCUCGGCCAACGCCGCCGCGGACGGCUGGGACCUGGCGUGCCUGGGCGGCGCGGGCUGGGGCAGCCCGGACACAACGGAAAGCCCCGCAGCGGAGGUGUGGGCGGCGAUUCCUCCCCUCAUAGCGCAGGAGUCGUGCGAGCGGGGGGUGUCUCCAAGACCUUCGCCGUUCGGUGAGGCUGGCGGCGUGGGCGGCGUGUACCAGCAGCAGCAGCAGCAGCAGCCGCCGCAUGCCGGGCCGUACAACCGUGCCCUGUCGCCCCCGCCCGCGUUCUCGUUUACGGUGGCAGGGGGCGGGGCCGGCCGCAAAGGCGAGGCCUCGGGAGGUGGCGGGGCGGUGGCGAACGACCCCCUCAACUGGUCCGUCCUCGGCGACGCGGCCAAGGCCGGUACGCGGUUGGGCUACGCUGACGAGUGCUCGAUGAUGGCGACCGGCGGCGGCGGCGGCGGCGGCGGGGUCGUGCGCAGGGCGUCUCCACCCUACUCGACCAUGCCCCCCCCCGGGGUGGCUCCGUUGGGCUAACCGCGGGCAGUCCACGCCAAGAACGGUGGCGCUGUUUUGUCCUGUGCUGCACUCUCUCUCGUCGUGAUGGUGUACUGUUUCGGGGGUACUCCGUGGAGUUGUAAGUCAUGCCGGGCCAGCUCACGGUGGUUUUGUAGGCCUGGCCCGCCUGUGGGACCGAAUAGCAUUCGUCAAGACUAAGCAACACACCGCCGUCUUUUCGUUGCGCCCACUUUUUUUUUAAGUUUGGUAAGCGCGCCUUUUUUGGCUUUGGCGACUGUUCGCUCGGCCCCCCUUUAUUUUUUGUCGCGUAGGCCGUUCACUUGUAACUUGGUGCUUGUUGUGGAUGGGGGAGAUGGAACCGACACGAGCUUAGUUGCGCACGUAUUUUUAAGUCUUGUGUACCUUUUUGAGUGUUUUACGCACCUUCUCGAAAGUGUGGGAUGUGAUGAGAGAGAGGGUGCCUGUGGGAAGGGGUGGGUACAGUGGGGGGCAUGAAGGUGGGAAGUCCAACAAUCACGCUUGCGGGCAGGCACCGUCAAGAGAGGCAGUGCCACGCCAAAGUUAUGGUACAUGUAUGACCCUCUGGGGGAAAGAGCUCGGGGGGGCGGGGGGGGGGGUCCAAGAUAGAUGAUAGAUGUGCGUGGGAGCCGCGUUUUUCGUGCUCAGCAGCACAUGCCCAGUGUUUGUCGUCGUGAAGUUUUUUCGCUUGUGACGGCAGCCGGUAUAUCGCAAGCGAUUUUUUUUGGCGCGCCGCUUUUUUUCUCUCCGUUUCUCCUUUUCCCGAGAGGUGAUUGCGUGUGAAGUGUGAACGAAAAUUGGCGCUGUUGUGUCCCGCCCCUUGCUUGUUGGACUGGACGUUUUUUCGCUUGUCCUAGUAGUGUAUGCACUCAUCCCCGCCUCCUGCCUUCCCGAAGAUUGACUGUCGUACGCCUGGAUUAAGAAAGAGUGACCGUAGGAGAGAAGCAAGCACAUGGUGGUUUUUAGGUUUGAGAUGGGAGUAUUUUACCAUGGUGUCAGUACGGUACCGCAUUCCCGUGCACAAUUUUUACGGCGCGGAGGGGUAAUGGUGAUUGAUGGAGGAUCGAUUUUGUUUUUGCAAAGCAGCGGCAACGAUCAUGUCUGCGUGUUUCAGNGGGGGGGGGGGGGGGGGGGGGGGGGGGGGGGCGUAUUCACAUGCAUGUUGAUUAUCCUUAGAAUCACAGAACGUCACGAUAAGCGAGCCUUCCGUGGGUAUCCGUCGUGUGCGGUAUUUCUUUUUUCGGUGUUGCGGAAGUGGUUCUAUCAGUUCCGGCCGGUUGCGUUCAAUGCUGCUCACUCCCUACUGGAAUGUGCCAUCGGUUUGUGUACCCAAGCUGCACUAAACCUGGGAAGACUAGUACAAAAUAUGCAAUGCUGCUUGUUGUCGGGGCUGCACUGUCUUGGNGGGGGGGGGGGGGGGGGGGGGGGGGGGGGGGGGGGGGGGGGGGGGGGGGAGUAUAUGGGGAGUCCCUCUUGUUCGUAAGCUGUGGCAUGAUCGUGUUAUUUGCGAGUGAGUGCACGAGCGUCCGUCAACGUUCGGCAGCAGUUGAUCUCCUGCUGCGCUUUGCGGCGGCCUGUUCUGUGUCACCGCGGUGUUUUGUGGGGGUGUUUUCUUUCCUUACCAACUGGCGUUUCGUCCCUUUUUUCCUGCUUGUACAAUCAUGCUCCUGAAUUCCGGGCUUGUUUACUUGGGUGCGGUGCUCACGUGAGUCGUCCUUUCUUUGUGGUAUUCCGUUUAGAUGGUGUGCUGCUGCUUGUCGGUAAUUUAUUGUUUUUUGCAGGGGAUGCACUGCUUUUCAGCAUGGAGGUUUUGCCGACGUCGACAGAUUGGGGUGUUGACCACGCCUACGUCAACUGCAAAGUUGUUGUACACCAAAGUCGCUGGGAUUAGUUAAUAUGUCUUUCGGUGGCAGGCUGGAAGAGGCAUCGAUACGUGCUUGUCUACAUAGGUGCACCUCACAUGCCCGUGCACUGCAUUUAUUGGUUCCCGUUGUACAGACCAUCUUUGGCUUGUGAGUCAGCUAUUCUUACAUCCGUUUUGUCUCUCGCCGACCCCCGUAUCGUAGUCAGCUCGCAUAGUAGUAUCCGUGUGUGGGCGUUUUUAUUGCAGUAAUUAAGUCAAGUCUUCACCUAUCCCCGCUGUGGGAAGAACAAGGCUCUUUUCGUUGGUCAACACCAGAAAGAGUGGGGACAAGCAAGAGACCGCACUUUUUCCGGUCUCCUCCUUCAUUGUCACGUUUUGUGUUGUCGAUUAUCGCACACCAACUUGAGCUAUCUUCCCGCGCGGGGUUUUCUCUCGUUGUUGUUUUUUUUCUCCCGUUGUUCCCAUCCGCACUGUGAGAUGUUUUUUUUUUGUUUGCUUGCCGCGGGCAGCACACGGAGGUUGGACGUUGUUUUUCCCUGGCGUUUGGCAAUUUUAGGCCGUGUUCGCUAGUGCAGGCGGCAACCGGAAGUUUAGCGGAUAGGAGGGGCGUGGUGUGUGAAUAGUGUGGUGUGGAUUUUGGCUCGUCGGUGGGGUGGUGGCUGCAGCGUCAGGUGAGGUGCAAGCAUUUUUUGUCCCCCGCUUUGGCCCUGCCGCUCGUUACUUUGGGAGGAAUUAUCAAUUGUUUUUUUUCCUGGAACUUUGUGCAACCAAUGGUCGGUCGUUUUGGUGAAGUUUAGCGGUGUGUAGAUGCAGCCGACUGUAGGUUGCGUUCUUGUUCUGGAAUGAAAGCGGAGGGCGGCCGUUGCAUCAGCAGCAGUAGCUGCCGUGACUUGACUGCGCGCCGGGCUGGCCUUGUCGGCAAGGGUGGUUUGGAACUUUGUUUUCGCGCAAGCGUCAAAAGUUGCGGGCGGCAUGUGGUGGGCGUGUAAACAUAGUGUUGGAGGGUGGCCGGAUGCACAUCCUCUUUUUCUGUCGCUAUUUUCGCACGCCAACAAGGGCGUAUUCCUUCCUGUUGCUCCCUGUUUUCGGUUACUUGUCAUAGGACUUGUUGACUUAUGCAUGAGACCAAGUGUAACUGCAUGAAUGAACAGCUCCUCGUCGCUUGCAGUCAUUGCAUGCGUGGUGGGCACAUACCGGCACCUUUCUGUAUGUCCCAUACCAACAACAGCAAAUGUGAAGUAGUUGUCCCGUGGUAAACAAUAGUUGUGGGUUGUGUCAUUUGAAAUUUCCAUGCGUAGACAAACAGCAAACGGGAGAAAGAGAGAUGCGUGAGAUUGACUUUAUUCCCACGUGGCAAGCGAGUGUAGAGGUUUCGCUGGUGGUUCAGGUGGGUGGGUGGUUCGUCGUCAUUGUCGAUGUGUCUUUUCGGAGGAAAUGAGCCGGGGGGUAGGUAGAAGUGGUGUCCAAGACAUCUGUACGUUUCCAAGGCAUCUGUACGUGUCGGGGGGGAGAGAACAACGAUAUAUUUGUUUUUGUUCUUAGUCGCGGGCCAUGUUGUCGUUCAUGGCUAACGUCGGGGUGUAUUCAUGCCUUUGUUCUUGAUACCAUUGAUCCCAUAGUACGAGUAUUAGGCAGGCUGGUGAUCACGUUGGCGAUUUUCUCGAUCAAAAGUUAAGCUCAUCUAUGCAUAUCUUUGAAAUAGUUGAUGCAUAUAUCAUCGAGAGAAACCCUAUGCCCAUCGAUCUGCUGCAUUUUAUGUGUUCGUUGUUGUCCCUAUUUUCUUUUGUCUCUUUUGUGGGGGUUUG